AUGGAGAGUCACAAAUAUACAGACAAAUUAAAAUCAGGAGAUUGGAUUUGCACAGAUGAAAACUGUCGGAAUCUUAAUUUUUCAAAAAGAACUCACUGUAACAGAUGUAGUAAACCUCGACCGAAAAUAAAAAAAAAUUUUAAGCAGAUAUUUUUUAAAUCGAAUGAUUGGAAAUGUGAUGAUUGUGGUAAUAUAAAUUGGGCGAAAAGAGAAAAAUGUAAUAUAUGUAGUAAAAGUAGAUAUAGUAAAAAAUUAAAUGAGUUUAGAAGUAAUAAAGAAAUAAGAACAGGAAAGGGAGGAGGACAUUACGAUAUUCAAUGGAAUAAUGAAAAAAGAGUUCACGAUUCAGAAGAUGAAGAAUAUGAUGAAUUCGGAAGAAAAAAAAAAAAAAAAAAAAAAAUUGAUGAUGAAGAAGAAAAGUCAAGAGGUAAUAAUGAAAAUAAUGAUAUAAAUAAUAAUAAGAACAAUAAUAAUAAUAAAGAUAUGCUAUAUAAAAAUAAUAUAAGCAAAAACAAAAACUAUGAAAACUCAAGAUCAAGGAGUAUAUCAUCAAAUACUUAUAAAAAAGUUAAAAAAAAUAAUAUAUAUGAUGAAGUAAAAGAACAUAAAAAAAGUAAUGGAGAUCAUCGAAAAUAUGAUAGAAGAUAUGAUUAUGAUAAGAAAUAUAAUGAUAAAAAAAUUGAUCAUGAUCAAAAAUAUAACUUUGAUAAUAGAGGAAAUGAUUAUGAUAAGAAGUAUGAUGAUAGAAAAUAUAAUUAUGACAAAAAAUAUGAUGACAGAAAAAAACAUAGAAGAGAAUAA